AUGACGCACUACACCCUGCUUCAACUUCCUCACGGCGCCUUGAACCCAUUACUCUCCUCGCGCUGGCCUCAUCAAGACGCCGGGGACACUCUACCGCCCGGUCCGACCGCAGGUCUCGCUAUCUGCGCGGUCAUACCACACGCCUCGCCUGCCGAUGAACACCCCGAUGCCCCAUCGCAAUCUGUUUACGAGUCCGCCAGCGAAGAUACCACGCUCCCAUAUACGCGCGAGUACGUCGCGGACCUGCGGCGCCAGCUUGACGAGGCUGAGGGCCAGCUUGUAGAGCUCAGGGGCGACGAAGUACGCGUGCGAGAUGAGCAGGCGGAGCUCGACGCGCUCAGGAUCCAGGUCGAGCACGCACGGGACGAGCAGGAGCGCGUACAAGAAGAGCAAGUGGAUCGCAUCUCCGAGCUUACCUGGGAGGUCUCCGUACGCGACGCGCGCAUCCGGGAGUUAAACGAGACGAAUGCGCGACUGGAGACCUCCUGCGCCACCCUCGCCGCCUCGCGCGAUCGGCUGUCUGACGUGGUCGACGAGCUAUCCGCGGAGCGAGCCAAUCUGGAAUAUAUCGUCGAAGAGCGACAGCAGCGCGUCGAUGAGUUGGAGAGGCAGAAUUGUGCGCUUGAGGCGUCCAAUACGGAGCGGCAGGAGCAGAUCCAGGCGCUGCAGGCGUCGACCGCGGAGCUCGAGAGCGCGGGUGCGGCCCUGAAGGACAAGAUGAAGAAGGCGGUCAGGAAGUAUAAGGAGCUUAUGGAGGAGAAGGACACACUCGAAGCGCGGGUGACUGCUCUGACCGCGUCCAACGACGAGCGCGCGGCGCGUAUCGCGUCGCUUGAGGCCCAGCUGCGCGACCUGAAAGCGGCAGACGUGACCUCGAAGCAGCGCAUCGAGCAGCUAGAGAAGUACAGCGAAGAGAAGGAGCACGCCAUCGCCCAGCUCCGGCACGAGCUCGCGGUGUUGACUGCAGUCGUGGAGGAGGUAAAGUCGGAGAACGCCGGUCUGACGGAGGAAAAUGCGAGCCUGACGGCGGCGAAUCGGGAACUCAAGUCAAGGAUGGACGAUCUCGAGGCUGAGCGGGCCGAGCUGGGCUCUUUGCGACUGGAAAAGGCGCGAGCGGACGCGGUCAUCAGCGGGCUCGAGUUCGCGCUCGCCAAUAAGGAGGGCAGGCUCGCGCAGCUUGACGCCACCGUCACCUCGUUGAGCGGCCAACUGGAGGCGAGGAAAUCGGAGGAGGCGGAGGCGAGAGUGGAGAUGGAUGCGACCAACGAGCAGGUGGCUGCUCUGUUGGAGGAGCGCGAGGUCCUGACAUCGCAGCUUGCCGACGCGCUGUUCCAGAUCGAGGCGCUACGGGAGCCGCCGCUUGCGAGCGACGAUGAUAUUGCGAGCGUCCUCAGCGAGAUCAACCAGGCGAUGCAGAGGAUCGCUGAGGAUAUCGCUGCGAAUGUCAUGCCCAUAGCCAGCUCUCCCGACGAGUCAUCUGCCACGCGCGGCGUGUGCCAGCUCACCCCCCGCCUUCGAGCGCGACUCGGGCCGAGUUUGUAUGCCGCUCUGACACAAGGCGACGUAGACGCUAGGCGCGCCGUGCUAUCGCACGCGCUGCGGGCUAUCCUAGCACAUUGGGUCCGAGGUGUCGUCGGUCGCUGGUCGUUGACGGACGACGAGGAGAACCUGGCUCUGCGUCGCAUGUACGAGAAGAUCGUUGAGAACUACGACCCCCAAGUAGCCGGGAAGUGGCGCUCGCUUGCGCUGCGCGUGAGCGCGCGCGCCGAAGACACCCUAUGCGCCGCGCUCGAGUCCUCGCUGCUCGAGAGCCUCGCCGCCGUGCUCACUUCCGCGCGCUUCGAGCGAGGACCUCGCGAAGACGCAGAGACCCUGGACGCACUUGUCGAAUCUCUGGUCUGGAAGGUCGUUGAGCUUCGCGAACACAUCGGCGUCGUCGUCACGGACCGCGAGCUUGCGCUUGUGCUGCCACGGCCCGGGGAUCGCUUCGAUGAGGCAACUAUGCAGGUCACUCCCGCUACGUCCGUAGCACCUCUGCAGGAAGUCGAAGGGGAUAGCGAGAAGGGUCGAGCGGGCGGGUGUGAUGCGGUUGACGAGAGUAAUGAAGGCGAUCUGGUCGCAGAGGUUUCGUGUGCGGUUGCGUUGGGUCUUGUUCGAUAUCAAGGGACUAUGCCUUUAACAGUGGUCAAGUCUCGAGUACUACAGCGGUAA